AUGUUGCAUAAAGUAAUUCUCAAAACCAAAAUUUACAGUUGUAUCUUAAUAACAUUUUCAGGAAUAAUAGCCAUGCUGGCUUGUGUAUUAGCUGGUUAAGUGAGUGAUUAUGAAGUGAAAAUUUAUGGAACUCUUUAUGCAAUAACAGCAUUUAUUUUUAUGGCGAUCAACAUCUAUGUAUUCUAUAGAUUAUAAACGAUCAAUCUGAUCAAUGCAGAGAUCAAUAAUUCUAAUUGCUUUUCGUCAUGGAAUGUACUUUACAACUCAAUUUUAAAUAAUUCAGAUUUAUGGUUUUCUAAAUAUGUGUUAAAAUGCUUAGUCGUCAUAUUAUUCCAUAGUACUCUUAGUUUCAUAACAAGAUUGAAAUAUCAUAAUGAUACGUUUGAGUUCACAUAAAAUAUAUCAAUUUCAAUUGUACUUUUUAUAGUCAUGUUUAUUUUGGGAUUCUUAUUGCAAUUUUACUUGGUGAUGCAGCUGAUAUAAAUGUUGGCUGAUUUUAAGGAUUAUUCAAAGGAAAUAGUCUUCACUUUUCACAUCAAGGAAACUUUGUAAGAGGAGAAACAGUAUAAAAGUGGAAUUACAAUGAUUGCAAUGAUCUUUAUGCUUGGUUCUAUUGCAUAUUAUGCAAUUAAAUUGGCUUUGUAUAUAUUGAUAGCUAAGAACAAUGAAGAAAUUAAUACUAAAGUGUUUUCGAUUAUAGUAUCGAUUCUAAAUGUAAGUUGCAUAAUAUUAUGUGCAAGUAUAUACCUACAACUUAAAUCUAUCUAUCAUCAAAUCCCAGAUAUUUAAGAUGUGACUAUCUAUAGUUAUAACAUCCCAUGUUUCACAGGAUGGUUUAUUUUGGUAAGAUCUCUAGUUUUUUCUAACAAAUUUAGAUUUUGGAGGAACAUAACAUUCAUUUUGUUGUACAUCCAAACUAUUUAUGGUCUGAUCAAAUUUCCUUUUUAUAAGAUAUAUGAUGUUACAAUAGAAUAAAUGUUCAGUCUUGAAUCUUAUCUAUAUUGUGAUACAGCUAUAAUAGUAGCAUUAAUGUUUUGGUAGUUUAUCGAAUAGUUUGCCAGAGUCAUUCACCAAGUUAAGAGGAAAUAUCUUGCAUAUUAAUUUGAGGAUCAGAGUCAAAAUAACAUUCUGCCAGUUUCAAUAGAUGUAUAAACAGAGGAGUUAGGAAGAAUUCAAAAUUAGUCAAUAAUAGAUAAUUUAGUGGAGAAUGCAUAGCAAGAUUAUGGAGAAUGUUGUUUUUGUUUGGAUCAAAUUUCAAAAGGCUAAAGAGUGCAUAAAUUAAAAUGCCAUGCUACUCACAUUUUCCACUAUUACUGUAUGUCCAAAUGGCUGGCUAAUCAUAAUAAUUGUCCUUUGUGCUAAUACAUUAUAAACUGA